AAAGAAAUGGGCCAAUCAAAUAGCGAUCAAAACCUUACUUCGGUCCUUAUAUCCGGGAUACCAAGGCGGUCUGUUCGUCUCGAAGAUCAACAAAACAGAAGUCAUGGCAACAUACAAGAAGACAUCUUUGGCUGGUGGUGGCAGGAAGAAGGCUGGGCCCAAGCCGGAACUGACUGAGGAACAGAAGCAGGAGAUCAGAGAGGCGUUUGACCUGUUUGAUGCUGAUGGCUCCGGCACAAUAGAUGCCAAAGAGCUUAAGGUUGCAAUGAGAGCCUUAGGUUUUGAGCCCAAAAAGGAAGAAAUAAAGAAAAUGAUUGCUGAUAUUGACAAAGAAGGAACAGGUACGAUUGACUUCAAUGACUUCCUGACGCUAAUGACGCAGAAGAUGAGUGAGAAGGAUGCAAAGGAGGAGAUUCUCAAAGCCUUCCGUCUAUUUGAUGAUGAUGAGACAGGAAAAAUAUCUUUCAAAAACCUCAAACGUGUUGCCAAAGAAUUAGGAGAAAAUCUCACAGAUGAAGAACUGCAGGAAAUGAUUGAUGAGGCUGACAGGGAUGGUGAUGGUGAAAUCAAUCAAGAGGAAUUCUUAAGGAUAAUGAAGAAGACAAGCUUAUACUGAUGUGUCUAUGUACAUAAGACUGUAUAUAGGAGUCAUUCAGUGACACCCAAACCAGUGGGUGUCGUCUGGAAAGUGAGGCAGCCUGGUAUUAUUGACAGAUCUGGACAUUGGUCAUCUAGGGUGUGUGUCAAAAGUUACAAUAUCGUUUUUUCCUUGGACAAUCUUUAUGAUACAAGCAUUUGUGGAGAAGAGUCAUUUCUUAGAUUUCAGGGGAGAUAACUCAUUGCAAUUCAUCAGGAAUGUUGGAUACUGUACAAUCAGCCUUUCUAUUAUGCUCAGAUUUCUGUUAAAUUGGCAAAGGAUAGUAUUUAACAUAAAGUAUAUAAAUGUGGAAGUUGACAGGUUUUACAUUUGAUAUUACAGUACAUCUACAGUACAGUGACAUCAACUUUUCACACAUCCUAUUCUUAAAAUGGCCUUUCAUGAACUGCUGUAGAAAUGCAACGCUGGUGCACUUAUGCAAUACUUCUUUGCAACCUCAAUAUCAUUAUCGUCAAUACUUCACAUGUUUUCCAUCAUGUUACUCUGUAAUUUGUGAAUAUAUUCAGCUAAUAUUGUGGUGAUGAGUGUAUUUGUACUCAACUAUUGAAAUGAAGUGGUGCAUUGCCAGGUGAGAGCUGCUCUGUGUAUAAACUUUGUGCAAGCACUACUAUUGCCUCUCAGUAAUUUUGAGUAAAGUGAUGUGUUGAAUCGUGUUUGAUAAGGUUCACUAAACCAUAGCACUCCAAGUGUGUGCCUGAGGGUCUUGUCAAGGAGAGAGCUAGUGUGCAGGUAGCGUAUACGGAGAGCCCAUUGUCCGAGGUACUCAAUCUGGCUUGAGCCAGGCCAUUGCUUUAUAUGAUGGUUAAAAAUGACGAUUUCAUCACAAACAGCUGUAUGUAUUAAUAAAUUAAAGAAGAAUGUUUUGUAUACAGUCCUGUGAAAUACUGAUGAUGCCGCAACAACUUCCCAACAUCUAAAUUAAAUUUCUUCUGAUUCAAUUAUUUCAUCAAGCAAGGAGCAUGCUUAUCGGACUUAUUUUGCCCCAUGGUGAAAAAUGUAUUUUUUAGAAUAUUCAGCUGAUUCAAGUGUUUGGUAUUCAGAUAAAGCCAUUCAACUCCCAUUACAUUUGUGAAAUAUGUACUAAGAGUAAGACCUCAUCAGCUAUGCCAUGCUCCAUUUGUCUUUGUUCAGAGAGGAAAACUGCCAAAUUCAUUUUGAUGUUAGAAAUAUUGUACAUUGAAUAUCAUGUUGGUAGACUGUUAUUUCUAUGUCUACAAGUGUUGAACAUGAUGAAAAGUGUUGAAUAUGAUGAAAAAUGUUUGAAUUCUGUUUCCUUUUGUCCAUGUUCUUUAUGUAUUUAUUCAGUAUUAUCAAUGACAAGUGCUACACAUGGACUGGGUGUUGUGUAUGAUACCCUUGCUUGUCAACCUUAAGUUAAUUGAAACAAGAAAAAUAUGAAAUAGUAGCCAAUGUCAUUAUGUUUAUCACUCUAAAAAAUAAAUGCUUAUCAGAUGUUCAGAAGUAAAAAGAAUUACUUUUACAUUUAGUAGUCAUUCAAUUAACAUUCCUUUCUUUCUGAAUAUAUUUCCUUCACAUUGCCAGCCUCAUUACUUCAUGUUCGAAACAUUCCGCUACCAAGGGAGCAAAGAUAUUCUUUAUCAAUUGUGUAUUUUGUCUCCAUUUCUCAAGUCAUUACUGGCAAAUGACAGCAUUACUUCCAGUCCAUCUCAGUCAAAGUAGUUGUCAGGGUUACGGAUUGGCAGAUAUCCCUUUCUCCAAUUUUAGGAAACAGACCAUCUUUGUGUUAACUUACUGCUGGUGCAAAACCAUCUAAUAUACCUCCAGGGCUUGCAUUUUGAUGAAGUCACUAUACCCUGGAUCAAUUUCAGUAGUUCAGGAAAUCUCAAAUUACCUGCCCUUGAGUUUCAUAAAUAUUUCACGGACUAGUCAAAUGUGAAAGGAAGAAAGAAAUGGGUAAGGGAGGUAACUCAUAUUGCUAUGGUGUUAAUGUGACCCACCCAGUGUUGAGGCUUAUUUGUAACUAGUAUUUUGAUUAGAAUGUUAGAUUUAUUAGCAAAGCUGUUAAAAUCACUUGUCAAAAUCAGGGGCAGGUAAUUUGAGAUCACAAAAACCCCAGGAAUAGAUCAAGGGGUUAAUUGAGGUUUACAAAAAUGUUAGCUCUUGAGAUACAGAGGAUGGUGCAACAUCUUUCCCCUCAUCUAUUCUAUAUUUGAGUGAGACCACUAUGCAUGCAGGACCAGAGUCAUUCUUCUUUUACAGGGAAGGGCGGUGAGGUAGCCUAGUGGUUAAAGCAUUUGCUCGUCACGCCGAAGACCCGGGUUCAAUUCCCAACAUGGGUAUAAUGUGUGAAGCCCAUUUCUGGUGUCUCCUGCCGUGAUAUUGCUGGAAUAUUGCUUAAAGCUGUGUAAAACUGAACUCACUCACUCACUCUUUUAUAGAGUCUGUCUGGCAUAGAUGUAAUGGUAUUAAGGAAUACUAUACUACUCACCUUUUGACAGGGAUAAUCAGAUGUCAUAUUUUUAUACACACUUGACAUAACUAUCGUAUCAUUGAGAGAUAUAAGUAUCCCUUAUCAAAAUUUGAGUAGUAUAUCCGUGUGUUAUGGCAAAUCAAUAUUUCUAGUUUCCAGCUUUGUAAUGGAUUUGUUUUAUUUCUCAAUUCCAACUAUACGAUAAAACUCUAGUGUUAAUAGUAAUGUGCAUGUGUUGGGUGAUAUCUUUGUCAGUGAUUUAAAAUGUAAUGUGUAAGCAUUUUCAAACAGCACUUUCUCAGCAGAUACAACUAGUCUUCCCAAAUACACUUUCCGUCACAUAAAGACAGCACACUGUGUUUCAGUAAUACAAGAACAGGCUCAUUUGUAGGAGACAGAAAUCCUUUAUUACACUCUGACAUUUAUGAUUAAUGUAAUUACUUUUGAAAGCCCAACUGUUGCUUAAUGAAGAGUGAACAGUUAGGAAACAGCAGGGCCCCUGUUUUCGAUAACCACUGUGUGCAUUAUUUCUUUUAUUACCCCAUGACUAUAGUCCAUCUGCCUUCAAGAGGUCAUAUAUUUAUUGGGUCACAUAUUCUUGUCUCAGACUGAAUGUAGACAUGUUGUACAAAGUGUUCAUGUUGCCUGUCAUAAUAAAUAAUAUUUUGUGUUCA